GGGGCUGGAACAGCUAGCGGGCAGGCGCGCGGCGGGCAGGCCUGAAGGAGGCGGGUCCGCGCGGGCCUCGGAGGUACUCUGCCGGAGGAGAGGGAGGUCACGGUGUGAAGCUGCUGCCGCCGUCGCGCUUCUGGAAGGUCAAGCGCCGGGGCCAGCCAUGUCUUACUGCCGGCAGGAAGGGAAGGAUCGAAUCAUAUUUGUGACCAAAGAAGACCAUGAAACCCCAAGCAGUGCAGAGCUGGUGGCCGAUGACCCCAAUGAUCCAUAUGAGGAGCAUGGAUUGAUACUACCAAAUGGAGAUAUUAACUGGAACUGCCCAUGUCUUGGGGGAAUGGCCAGCGGCCCCUGUGGGGAACAGUUCAAGUCAGCCUUUUCAUGUUUCCACUAUAGCACGGAGGAUGUCAAGGGAUCAGACUGUAUAGACCAGUUCCGGGCCAUGCAGGAAUGUAUGCAGAAGUACCCAGACCUCUAUCCCCAAGAGGAUGAGGAGGAGGAAGGAGAGAAGAAGCCAGCAGAACAUGUAGAAGAAACGGCUGCCACUGAGGCCACUGCAACCAAAGAAGAGGAGGGGUCAAGUUAAUGAAGGCCAGAAGGCACUGGAGCCCAGUCCUUCCGUUUUAGAGUGAUAUGGACCUUUUACAAAAUGCCUUUUAGUCACCUUCCAAGAAAGUAUCUUUUCCUCUGUUUUGUGCACUGUAAUGUACAAGAUAACUUAUUUUGAUGCUCAGAGGUCUUGGCCUGUUGACAUAUACACUGAAAAAAAUGGGGAUUGUAUGUAUGUGUUUCAUAUACAAACCAGUCAGCAAAUGUAGCCUCCACUUUUGAAUUCACUUCUCAGAUUGCUCUGAAUUUUACCACUUUGAAAUAGUGGGCUGAAUAUUGCCAGCAUUCAAAAAUCACUAUCCAGGAAUGUUUCUUAUGAGUGAGUUGAUUUAUUCUGAUUCAUUAUAUUUAUACCUUUUAGUAGAUUUUCUACCCUUGGGUAAUGAAAGAGAAACAAAACAUCUUCCUUUAAAAUGCUGGGGUGGGGCCAAUUACUGCUAGAAGAGGCUAUAGAUGGUGAGGUACUUACUACUCAAAAACCAUCUUGACCUUGAGCAUAUAAGGGGGUGCUAAACUUCAUUCCUGAUACAUUUUGGUUUCCAUUUUUUAGGUUUUCUAAUUUCAGAAGGUGGAUAUUUGGACCCUCCCAUUCAUGAUCCCUUUCUAGUGAAGAGAAAGGCUGGUUCUUACUGUUCUCGCUAUUCCAGAAGCCCUGGUUUGGGGUCUGUGUUCACAAUGGCUUUCAGUCUGGUCAGAUGCAAUGUUCUUGAGAGGUGGGGACCCAGUUGUUACCAGAGUAGUAGCCAGGAGAAGUAAGAGUGUGAAUUAAGUACUCAAUUAAAAGAAAAUGUGAUUUCUAUGUGAUUUUGGAUGUGUCCUUUGCUUUUCCUAAUAAAAAUUAUUUUUCUUUUUUCCCCUUUUUUUUUUUUUUUUUGACCAGGGCCAGAUUUGAACCUGCCACCUCUGGUAUAUGGGGCUGGCGCCUUACUCCUUGAGCCACAGGUGCUGCCCUAAAAAUUAUUUUUCAUGUAAGGAAGUAUAAAUUAUGAAAAAUCAAAUUGAAACUCAUCUUUAAAGGUACUGGUAAACCAGUUUGAGUCUGUUAAAAUUUUCCGUAUUGAUUUUAAAGCAAGCUCACUUUUUUGUAUGUGAGCAGAUGUGUUCCAACAGACAUUGCAGUUAAUCCAUGUGGUGGAGAAGGCUCUUCCCAUUUAAAGGUCAAGAAAAGAAGCCUUUGCAGAUUAACUUUUCUAAAAUAACUGUUAGACAGUUUAUAGGUUAUGGUGUAAUAAUGCCUCUUUUGUCCCAAAUGUAUUACUAUAAAACAGUAAAUAACUGUCCCAAGUUAUUGCUAUGUAAAAAAAAUCACCUUAGUUCUGAAUGGCAUUUUUGUCAGAAAAUGAAAAUACCUUAAACAAGGUGCAUGGCUUACCUGGAUCCUCUGAAUCAGUUCCUCAUUAGGCUGUGAUCCUUGCUAUCAUUUCAAGGCUUGACAGGACUUUCAGAAUCACUCAGGUGGUUUUUGGCAGUAUUCAGCAGGUUGAAUCUUGUGGAUUGCUGGAUCAAAGUUGUUGGCCAGAGACCUCCCUUGGUUCCCUUAGGUUAGCGUACAACAUGGCAGGUAGCUUCUAUGAGAGCUAGUGAGAGAGCAAGAGCCUUUUUGUAACCUAAACUUGACAAUGCUAUUCCAUCACUUGACCAUGUAUUUAUUAGAAGUACACCCAUACUUUUAACAAGCCUACACUCAAGGGAAGGAACAUAGUAUUGACGGGCUGCCCACCAAUAAGAAUAAGGCAGCACAUUUAAAGCUUGAAAGCAUAGUUAAAAACUCAGGUGUUGUGGUUCAGAGACAUUAGGGAAGUAGAGAACUGUGAUAUCUAUAUCCAGAACUUUAAAAAAUCUUGUUUGGUUAGGAGCUAAGAACUUGGUGCUGGCCAAGUUUAGAAGGUGUGACAGCCUGGUGGAAGGUCCCUGUUAAUUUAACAGAGCCUUGCACAUUAUUUUUAGUUCAAAUUUUGGCCACAACUAAGGUGUUAACUGAUUUGUGACUAUGGCAUACAUCUCAUUCAUUUGAUGCAUUUAGGAAACCUCCACAGUUGAGAAACCAGCAGAGGCCUCCAGUCGUAUCAGCAUCGUGAUUAACAUCUCAUACCCCAGAAGAUCACUUGUUGCCCUGACAGUAUUCAACAAGAUAUAUAUACUGCUUUGUUGUUGUUGUUGUUAUUGUUGUUUUGUUUUUUAAUUUCAACCUUUUCCCUAUAGAUUUUUCUUUUCUUUCUUUUCUCCAUUUUUCUAGU